AUGACGCGCGUCCGUUCGCGCCGCGAUCUCUCUCGUUUCCUCCUGCCAUUCUCAUCCUUCGAGACCUUCCAUCUUCCUUGCAACCUGAUCCUUCUUCUUCUCGGCCUCGUCUCCGUUCGCAGCGUCCUGCCGUGCAGUGAAAAGACGAGGCCCCAGAGUCAUGACCUCGCUGCGCUUCCUUGUCUAACCGACAUCGCGGAAAGAAAAUAUUCCCACUGGGAUCCCGGCGAUUCUCGAGAGUGGAUACAACAUGGUUCGAGCCAGGACCGAAUCCCCAGCUCGGUGGAUCGAUCCGACGGUAUCGAAGUCUACGACGCAGUCGAUCAACCGCCGCAAGUGGGAACAGAUUUACGAAAAUUCUUUAACCGAGCGACGAAGAAAUACGGCAAUUCGAACGGCGAUCGUGACGACUCGUUCCAUGACUCGCGAUUAGACGCGAUCGUGCCCGAAAUCCCGGCCGACUAUUACGGCGAGAUACGCAGACGGCACGAAAGGCGAAAGUUUCGUCGGGAGAGUAACGUAAAGAUCGGAAUCGAUGAGAUAUUAUCGAAUGCCGGUAAUGCGAGUUAUUCCGGUAAGAAAUAUAUCCAGUACAGGGCAAAACGAAACUUUAAGAGGAAAGGUAAAUCGGACAGACAAACAGCCUCGAAUUUCCUCAGACCGGAAGGAUCGCUUUCCGAUUGCGAAGCGUGCAACGGUGAAGUCUUCGAGAAGGACCACGCGAGAUCCAUCAGAAGAAAUAGGUCCGACAAAGUUACGGAUCAUACCGAAACGAGUGAAAACAAUAGGACCGAGAAUCCAAUUUAUUCGACGGAGAUAAAUGACAAUCUGUCAGCGGCUACGAACGAGAGCAACGAGGAACCGUUCAUCGGUUUCGAAGGCUCUCAGAAAUUCCCCAUAAAAGUCACGUACAAGCCACCCGUGGCACAUCAGGUAGAAAAGUUCGACAGAAGACACUUCGGUCCGCCGAAAAUGGACAUUCCGGAAACCACCGACUCUAUGUACCCGUCAACAAUGUCCCCGGAUCUACCCAAGAGUCCUGGACGGGAUUUUCUUCAUCGUCAUCGGAAGGUCGACGAGAUCACGGAAGAGGAACGAAGACAGGAAACGAUCGACGCGAGCGAAAAUGUAAACGACACCACGGACGACAGUCUCUGGUUACCCGGUGCGUCCUCCGGUCGACGUUCUUCAAACAUAGCCAGCGGUAAGUCCCCUCCGGACGAAAAGCGCGAUACAACGUUCUCGACGUCAUUUCCAACGGUGACGUCGACGAGUGCGGACGAAAAGGUCUCGAAGAAUGGAUCGCGCGUCAAACAAGAGGAGGUGGAGGUGGACGAGGAGCAAAGUGUUACAGUGUCGAACGUGAAAUCGAUCGAGAAGAUAAACGUAACAAUUCUGGGCUUGUUCGAGAUGACCCACGGCUUAGAACCGAGACCCGAAGGACCCAGCGAACUGCAAGCGGCCAGAUUGGCCGUCGAACGCGUCAACGAGAUGAAUGUCCUGUCCAAAUUCCGACUACGCCUUAUUCACAACGACACCAAGUGCGAUCCCGGUGUAGCGGUUGAUCGAUUCUUCCACGCUCUCUACUCGGCGAAGAAGAAUGACCUGAUACCGCUGCUGCUGGGCACCGCCUGCUCCGAGGUCACGGAAACCUUGGCUAAAAUCGUGCCCUACUGGAACGUGAUUCAAGUCUCCUUCGGAUCUACCGCACCUGCUCUCUCGGAUUCCACGGAAUUUCCACUGUUCCUACGAACCGUUGCGCCGGAUUCGAGUCACAAUUCAGCCAGGAUAGCUCUCAUCAAGCAUUUCGGAUGGGACACUGUCACCGCGCUCUCGCAAACAGGCGACAUGUACUCUCUGGCCGUGAACGAUCUGGUGACGGAACUGGAGCAGGCGAAUAUCACGUGCACAGCGACCAUCACGUUCGCGGAGAACGAUUACAAGGAACAGCUGCGGACUUUAAAAGAGCUGGACACGAGAAUCAUCAUAGGGAGUUUUUCACCGCGACUGGCGCCACACGUUUUCUGCGAGGCUUGGAAGCUGGGCAUGCACGGGGGCGACUAUGCGUGGAUCUUGCCAGGUGACACGAUCGAUCUGUCGGGAAUGGCGGGCAAUUGGUGGCACUCGGGGCCAGAGGAAUGCACGCCCUCGCAACUAUCGCAAACUCUGGAUGGAUUGAUCAUCGUCAAGAGUCACGGUUCCGCUUUAGGGGACGAGAUUAGUUCGUCGGGCCUGACGAGCAGCAAAUUCACGACGGAAUUGGCAAAAAGAGGCGUGACGCAUACGAAAUUCGCCGCACAAACGUACGACGCAGUCUGGGCCAUGGCGCUCGCCCUCGAGAGAACCGAGAUUCUUUUAAACAGAGAGAACACAUCCGUCGCCCAAUACACGCAUACGAGAAAGGACAUCGCAUCGCGACUGCUGGACCAGCUUAAACUUCUACGUUUUGUCGGAGUUUCGGGGCCGGUGUCGUUCGAUGGCGCGGAUCGAGUUGGUAUUACAGCGUUCUACCAGAUGCACGGCCACGUUAUCAGACGGAUAGCGAUUUUCAGCCCGGAAGGUGAAAAGCUGAUAAUGAAUUGUCCAGGAUGUGCAACGACCAGAUGGCCCGGGGGACAUCCACCUGCGGCUCGAAGGGUUUUCCGGUUACGAGUGGUGACCGUAGCACCUGCGGCUUUCCUUGCGGUUACUUGUAUCGCUAGUGUCGGUGUCACUUUGGCGCUCGCGUUUUUGGCGUUCAAUCUGCACUUUCGCAGGCACAAGAGUAUAAAACUUUCGAGCCCUAGGCUGAAUAACAUGGCUGCUGUCGGAUGCGGUCUCGUCUAUGGUGCGGUCAUCCUUCUGGGUUUGGAUCACGCCACUCUCCCGGACAGCGAUGAUUAUUAUCCGGCAGUGUGCACAGCGAGAGUGUACCUGUUGUCUGCCGGGUUCUCUUUGGCUUUCGGAUCAAUGUUCACCAAGACCUAUCGCGUGCAUCGGAUUUUCACGCGAAGCAGAAGCGGCGUCGUCAAGAACAAGCUGCUUCAGGAUACCCAACUGAUAAGCUUAAUAUGCGUCCUUCUACUGAUAGAUGGUCUUGUAGUGACCCUGUGGGUCACUUUCGAUCCCAUGCAGCGUCAUCUGCGCAACUUAACCCUGGAGAUUAACCCGCAGGAUCGGGGUGUCGUCUAUCAACCCCAGGUGGAGGUAUGUCGUUCGCAACACACGAACAGUUGGUUGGGCGCGCUUUACGUCUACAAGGGCCUGCUGUUGAUCGUCGGUGUCUACAUGGCCUGGGAGACAAGGCACGUAAAGAUACCGGCGCUGAACGAUUCGCAGUACAUUGGCAUGAGCGUCUAUUUCGUCGUGAUCACAUCGGGUAUCGUGGUGGUGUUGGCUAAUUUGAUGUCCGAUCGCGCGACCUUGGCCUUCGUCACGAUAACCGCCCUCAUUUUGGCCUCGACGACCGCGACGUUGGCGUUGCUGUUUCUCCCCCAGCUGGCAAAUAUUCUAGGAGGCGAGAGGGCUGAUCCUGUGGUGCAAAGUCUCGGCUUGAAAAUCGAAUGCAAUACAAGGAGAUUCAUGACCGACGAUAGAAACGAGCUCCAGUACCGCGUGGAAGUGCAGAAUCGCGUGUACCGUCGUGAAAUGGCACAGCUGGAGCUUGAAUUGGCCAGAUUGGAGAAACAAUUGGCACAGGAACCCGUCGGACCAUCGCAUGCUUCGUCGAGCGCAUCGAUUCCACAACGCAACCCUAGCAUCGGGGGUGGUCUACCUUUGUUAUUGCUCAGUGUCCUCCCGCCGGUCAUCCCUAGGGCUAGUUGGCCAUCCGCCGAUCCAUCCGGGAUGCGUCGGGGUACCGUAGCGUUUAGCAGUCAACCGGACUUGGAGCCGAACGGUCCCAGGAGGAGUCUCGCGGAUAUUUACAAGCUUCAUCGACGCCGAGAGACGGAAGGGCCGAACCGUUUGGGUGUUUUUCAACGGCUCUUCAGCCUUUUCGGCAGUCGUCCGACGAGUCGAAAAACAUCGACCGCGUCGUUCACUGGAGUAGCGUCAGCACUGCGGGUACACAUGGGCUACAUCGCUGGUCUGGUGCCAGGCACGAAAGCUGCAUCUACCUGUCAGGUUAAUGCCCAAGGGGCCCGUCCGCCUCAUCCCCGAUGUGGCUCAGGACCAAUAAUUAGUAUUACUAGCGAAGAAGAUCGCAGAUUAAGCCUCGGGCUGCGUCGUAAAGAGAGCAGCGAGCCCAGAGUCAAUUUUAGCCUACCACCCAAAGCGAGCACCAGCCAGUCAUCCUCGCGGGAAAAGAUCCGUGGAUCGCCCCGGUUUCCGCAUCGAAUAGUCCCGGCGAACAGCCUGAACGCCAUCGCGUCGGGAUCAUCGAUCGCGAAAUCGCAACGAUGGCAUUCGAUGGAAGACGCGAGAAAAACGAAAGCCGCUCAAGUCCCUCGCGGCUCGUCGUGCACUCCUAGCUACGACGUAUGGGCCACUCGUGAACUUGGAAUUCCAUUAAGCGAACUGGGAAACGGUUCUCGAGGCAAAAAGCCUCCGGAAUCAUUAGCCCUGCCCAUUGCCGCGGAGUCUACGGCGAUUCCCGAUGACGCGAGUCUCGGUAACGAUUCGAAGAAGCUCUUUAAAGGAUACGAUAUCCUUGGGACUGACGAUCCUACCGUAACAGAUCCGAGAUUCGCUGGACAAGCAUCUUUCUCUUCUACUUCCCCUUCCCCGUCGUCGCCGUCUAACGCUAGGGUAUCCGAAGGCAUGAACAUCGUCGUGUUGUCGUCUCCCAAAACUGAAUCCCAUUCCGAGUCCGUAACUGAUGUAGCCCAACUAGAUACAAGUACAAACUUUGUUCGGGAGCCGGACCGUUCUCGACUUCCGAGCCCGAGACCAUCGAGCCCUAUUGUUCUCGUGACAAAUUCGGACGGCCUGGAACAGCCGGAUAAUUGUGUGAACGCGUCAAGCAAAGAUGAGGGAUCAACUGCCGUGUAAACUGAAAUUUCAAAAUGUAUAUUCCGUUCGUUGGGAUAUUUUUCUUCCUUUGCUAGUUGACUCAUCUGGCCCCUACUCGUAGUAAAAGGAAAGAACGAUAUGU